CGUGAUAACCAAGCAAUUGAUGAUAACUCUCGAGGCUAGAAUAAAUGAACAAAUAUUUGGUUUUUAGGGCAACGAUGCUUCUAUAUCUUCGUGCGUCGAAUAAUGGACCAUCGCGUUAUUUUCUACGAAGAAAAGUCAAUUUGAAGAUGGAGACCGGAAGCCAUAUGGAUAUGGUGCUUCCUGUCCUCACUCUCGUUACUCGAUUGGUAAACUGACUCUUGGUAGUUAUCCUUCUGGCCUAAAGAAAACUGACACGUUUAAACUCUAUCUUGGCAGGCAAGGUGUUUGAGGAUAUUCCUCAGAGAAACCCUUUGAAUAGGGUAAUUGGUGAAAUUGUUGCUAUGAUGGAGACUUGUUUUUAUCAUGCGAAAUAAUUGAAACAAGAUUCACCAAAUCUGGUGAAGAGAGUGGUUGUGCUGGACGAUGGACGAAACAAUAUCUGAAAUAUGAAGUUAUGAAAGGCGAAGCCGACCCCAUGCAUGGUGGAGUUAUCUGAAACACUUGUAAGGUGGGGUUGAGAGAGAGGUUGGAGAAUCUUUGGAGUUGUUGUUUGGACUUUGCAGGUGGGGGAAGCGGUUGUUUCUACCAGAAAGAGGCACAUAACCUUAUCUUUUGUUAAAUUCUAAGAUAGCAUUUUUUUUCCUCUUUUUUCUCUGACUUCUUUGACGUCCCACCAUUGUCCCCCCAACCUUUCCCACACUCACUUCUUACCUUAGCUUUUCCAUAAUUAAACAUCAAUGCCCAUCAUCUCUGUCUCUCUCUCUCUCUCUCUUCUCUCUCUCACUCUUUCUCCUCAUUCACACUUUUAUUAUUAUUCCUUUUCGGUGAUUUUUUAUUUUUGAAAAAAAAAAAUCUCUUUUGAUCUCACCUUACCCUCUAUUAGUGUUUCAGAAACAUAGAAAGCCACAAACCUGUUUUGUCUUCUACUAUUAAUCAGCCAUACGAAGAAAAGCAACGCUAGAAGUAGAUGUCUCCAAUUCCAAAGCACUUUUUAGGUGGUUUCAAGGAGCAAGCUAGUUCCACUUGAUCUUGAGACUUGAGAGAGGUUUUGCCUUAUUUCCGCACGACUCCACUCUGUUUCUUUGGCCAAGCGUUCUAAAGCCUCUGAAUAUCCCUUGAGCAGGCCAGAAUAAUUCUUUUGCUGCAACCCUGAAAGGGAUCUGGUUUUGAUGGUUAAUAGCUGAAAACUGGGCUACAACUUAAGCACAGCCAAGUCAUGAAAGAAAACUUUGAUCUUGAGGUGGAGGCCUCCGCAGAAAGUGAAUUUGAAGUCAGCAGCCAGGUUGCUUCCAAUAUAUCCACUCAAGAAACUAUUGCAGGUCCUUGUAUUGAUCAAAACCUGUCCAACUCUUCCACCCCAGGAAUUCCAACAGAGAUUAUUGAUGGAAAUGCAAAUCCCAUAUCACUUGACCUGACUCUGAAUUUAAAUAAUAAGGAGAUAGCAGGUUCAAGAGAUUCCGUACGACUCUCGUUCUCAAGCACCAGUGAGAGUAGCAAUGAACCUGCCUCUCAAACUACAGAAGCGACCAUUGCCAGAGUUUUCUCAUGCAAUUACUGUCAACGCAAGUUCUUCAGUUCGCAGGCUCUUGGGGGCCACCAAAAUGCACACAAGAGAGAAAGAUCAUUGGCAAAGCAUGCCAUGAGGAUGGGUUUUUUCUCUGAGAGGUAUGCAAGUCUCGCAUCUCUCCCUCUUAAUGGUUCUUCCAGAUCAUUGGGAAUAAAAGCGCACUCCUCACAGCACUAUUGCUUUCCACCAACAAUGAAGGUUCAAGAGAUGAAAAGCAAUGCAAGAUUUGAGAUAGGAUAUUUUGGUCAGCCAAUGUUCUUGGAGGAUAAUGAACCUGGACUUGUCUGGCCUGGUAGUUUCCGUCAGAUUGCAGGCAUCGGUGAUGAUCAUCAGAAUUUUCUGCUGACUGAAAGUUCUGGUUUGAGUUUUAGGGAUAUGAAUCCACCAGUAGACAUAGAGAAGUCCACCCCAGAUUUGACAUUAAAACUUUGAAGGGAUCAUUCGCUUCUCAGAUCUGGCUCUGGUUUAUCUGCUCCAUUGUUAUGACUUUUGUACAGUAGUACAUGCAGGGCCAUGAUUGUCCGAUUUAUUUUAGGCUUUCUGGAUUUUCCUUCAGUUCUUUUAGGAUUACUGGUUUUGGGCUUCUGGUGUUUUGUUUAGUACGUUUAUCGCGUAUAAGAGCUCCAGGAGAACAAUUUGAAGCGUCUGUAUUGUGUUUAUCUUACAUAUCAUGUCUUCUGUUUAUUAUAAUUACUGAGCUUC